AUGUUCAGAGUUGUGAUCUCCUCAAUAUUCACAAACAUCACGAUCAUUCACGAGGAAAGGUUGCCACUCUACGGCCCACUGAUAGUAGUAAGCAAUCACAAUAACCAGUUCGUGGACGCGGCGCUCUUGAUCUACGCAAUUCCACGACAAAUGUGUUUCCUAGUAGCAACAAAGACGCUGAAAAGAAAGCUUAUAGGAACACUGUGUACACUGGCAGGAUGCAUAUCAGUGUACCGCCCGGACGACUUUAAGUACACAGGAGUGGGAAAAAUACACUGGAAAAAGGGAACGGACCUGAUCAACGGAAAGGACACAAAGUUCACACUGGAUCUGAACGUGGGAGAUAAAUUGCAAUUUGAAUUAGAUAAAAAAUCAAUAGUGGAAAUAAUAUCAGACACACAAUUGAAACUUGAAUCAACACUAGAAGUUGACUGUCCAGAUAAAAACGGCAUACGAUUUUCAGUAAGUAUAAUAGAAAAAAUAGUAAUUCCGAAAAUGGAUCAAUCUGAAACGUACGAACAAGUAUCAGCAUCAUUGAAAAACGGAAACUCAAUAGUAAUAUUCCCAGAGGGAGGUUCACACGAUAGAACCAAUUUGUUGCCCUUGAAGCCAGGAGUGGGUAAGUCGGAAGAGGUAGAUAGGGAAAAUGUAGCGUUGAUGGCAUUCUACUCAAUACUGGACGGAGCAGAGGACGUAGUGAUACUGCCAGUAGGACUAGUAUACAACAAUGUAAAAAAGGAUCAGUCAGACGCAACAAUAUACUACGGAAAUGUAAUCACGAUAACCAAAGAAGAUUGUGACGAAUUUGAAAGAGAUAGACGAUCAGUAGUAACAAAGUUACUAAGUAAAAUAGAAGUGAGUCUAUAUCCGCCGGAAAGGAGCAAGAUACCAGUGAAUAUAGCAUUCGACCUCCGCAAGUUCAUCUCGAGGAUAUUCUGGAAGUACGGAGACCUUCCGGAGACGAAGCACCUAAUAGAUAACCUGUCAGUGUAUAAGAGGACGCUGCAGAGAGGGUUCCUGCACGACGAUGAAAUAUGGCUGCUGAAGCAGUCAAUGUACUCGGCCUUCCUGUCAUUCCUGGAGGACAGCAUAUGCCUGGUCUGCUACAGCAUCAUCGGACUCUCGUUCGCACCACUCUGGGUGCCACUGUACCUGCUCUCGAACUACCUGGCGGAAAGACACAGAGUAAAGGCACUGAAAAACAGCUCAGUGAAGCUGGUGGGAACGGACGUGUUCGUAAGCUACAAGUGCCUGGUGCUGCUGGUGGUAGUGCCAAUACUUAACCUGUCACUGGGAUUGAUAAUCGGCAUAUACUUCUACGGGGACCUGAAGAGGACGUUCUACUCAGUGUUCUGCUGUGUGACAUUUUUGCCACUACUGUACUACGGUAAGCGCGGAAGACGUUACCUAGAUAUGACAAGACUUGAGUGCCACGCACAAGACGAGCCACUAAAACAAUGUUCAGUUAACCUAAAGUAUGCACGCAAACUCCCGAGACUGUUGAGGCAGUUGCACGUGGUGCCACUUAUCGUAAUGGGAAGGUACGUUGGCCCGAACACAAGGAAAAAUAGGAUAAACAUUUGGAGGGAAAAGGAACGAGAACUGAUAACGAUGCGCACGGAAUUGCAAAUACUGGUAAGCUUAGAGGCUUCAAGAAGAUGUAGGUGCGCAACUUUGUGCAUAAGAUGGGACCGAGGGUGUCAGACACGUGUUAAUCGACUCGGAUACCACACGCCUGAACCUAAUAAGGCAGCAUUACAUGCCCAUUUUCUCAACACAGCCGGCAGACAUAGGCGAGGAGGUACUUUAAUGUAA